GGGAAAGUCCCAUGAAAAGCUCGCCAUGAAAUAUUGAAAAAUGUAAAUUUAUAUUUUUUGUCGUUUGAUAACGCGUCCAGUCAGUGAAGCAGUCAUGGAGCCUGAAAUAUUAAAAUACCGACUAAAAAAGAACUAUAACUCUAUUUUAAAGGACUUAGAGCCACGGAAAUUGCUUGGUUAUCUAUAUCAGGAGGGAAUUUUUGACGAAGAUGACAUGGACGAAGUACGAGACGAGCGAACGAGAAAGAAACAGGCAGAGGCCUUGUUGUCCAUGUUGGGUCGAAGACCUGUACAAGCAUAUGAAAUAUUGGUGAACGGUUUGAUUGAAACACAGCCUCAUCUAGCGAAACUUUUACAGACUCCUAUUCCAGGAGAAACAAGAGGAAAUGUACCUGAAAAUAAUCAUUUACGUCAUUAUGAGGACAUAAUGGAGAUGAUGCAAAGACUACAUUGUAAUCCAACAGAAAAUGAUAUAAAUACCCCUGCUCCAACCACUGGUUCUAUCUCAGGAUCAUUUGAUGGAAGGAUGGAUUCAAGCGCUUAUUGCCAAGCAACACUGUCACAGAAUUGUACAAAUUUUGUCRAACCGACGAAAAUGGAAUUGAUAUCACCGCUCUAUAGGCCACUUAAAUUGGAAUCUGUUUAUAGGAUGACCAGCAGCCCCAAAGGUCUUGCAGUGAUCAUCAACAUCGAUAGUUUUGAUACAGAUCUACAAUCUAAUGAAGAACUAGUAAGAAGAGAUGGCUCAAAAGUAGACGAGAACUCACUGAUUGACUUGUUUACUGCCUUAGAUUUCAAGACACAAUCUCUAGUUGAUUUGGGUAAAGAUGAACUCUUGAAAGCUUUGGAAAAGAUUUCAAGAUCUGAUUUCGGGAGCUAUGAUUGCUUCAUACUUUGUAUAAUGAGCCAUGGCAAGGACGAAUAUUUUUACACCAGAGAUGGCAAAAAGAUAACAAUAAAGACUGUGGUUCAAAAGUUUAAYAAUGUCCACUGCAAGACACUAUCUGGCAAGCCCAAGUUAUACUUCAUUCAGGCUUGUAGAGGAAAGCUUUCAGACACUGGAACUAUAGUAAGGGAUGGGCCAAGUAGUAACCCAACGGAACAUGAAGAACCGCAAAAACCACCAGAAAAUCCACCCAAGGGUCCAAGUACUAGUGAGCAUGCAGACCAGCUUAUGGCAUUCUCCAGCGUUGAAGGAUAUUCCUCUUAUCGUAAUACAACCACUGGAAGCCGGUUCAUCAGAAGCCUGGUAGAGGUGUUCAGAAAUUUUGCUCGUGUUGAAGAUGUUGAAAGUAUGAUGACAAGAGUUAUCAAUAAAGUGAAUUCUCAGGGAGGUCUUGGAUCAAAACAGGURCCAAAACCUGAAACAACUUUGACAAAAAAGGUUUUCUUCUGGCCAGGAAUGAACUUUGACUAAUAUCAUUGUAACUGAUUAAACUGCAUGCUAGUUCA